AUGGCAGACACAGCAGCUGCCCCUAGGUCUCAUCGUCCCUAUGACUCAAAGCUUGGAAUAGUCACAGGUGGCUCUCGAGGCAUUGGUGCGGCUGUUGCUGCGAGACUCGCUGCAAAAGGAUGCAAUCUUCUCCUUGUUUACACCACCAACUCGUCCACGGAACUAGCUAGAAAUCUAUGCGGCGAGCUAUCAUCUCUACACAGAAUUCAAUGUAUUGCAGUACAGGCCGAUUUAGGCGAGCCAUCCGAAGCGUCUUCCAAAAUCGUUGAGGCUGCACGUCGCCUUCAUAAUUCAUAUAACUCAGACAAGCCCUUCCAAAUCGAUAUACUAAUCAACAAUGCCGGCGUCUCAUCUAACCAGCAUAUGAAUGAUGAAAGACAUGGAAAAAUCCAAGACGCUGAGUUUCACCGCGUCUAUAACGUCAACGUCUUGGCCCCUCUCCUCCUAACCCAGGCUGUCGCCCCGCAUCUUCCCACAAACCGCGCGGGCCGCAUUGUCAACGUUUCCAGUGUAUCUUCGUCUAUCGGGUAUCAGGGCCAAUCUGUUUACGCAGGGAGUAAAGCGGCCUUGGAAGCAAUGACGCGGACCUGGAGUCGUGAGCUGGCUACUCGUGCUACAGUCAACGCGGUCAAUCCCGGGCCUGCUUGGGGAGAUAUGUACGCAGCCGCGGGACAGACUUUCUGGAACAUAAACCAGCCUUAUGUUGACGCAGCCCCAUUGGCGCAGUACAACGGCGAACCGGAGGUUUUGGCUAUGGCCGGGACUGAUGCUGAGCGGUUUGAUCGAACUGUACGUGAGAACAUGGGUUAUCGAAGGCCCGGGUUUACGACCGAAAUCGCCGGUACAAUUGAUAUGCUCUGUUCAGAAGAGAGUGGGUGGACAACAGGAAGUGUAAUUUGUGCGAACGGAGGCAUGAAAAUGUCAAUUGCUUAG